UUACAGGUUUGAUUAAGUUUGGUUUAAGAGAUGAAGUGCCAAUCCAUCAUUUUAUCAUCAUUUUUAUUUGCUUCUUGAAAAUGAGAGAUUGGCUGUUGCUGCCUGCAAAUUAAUACAUCUGUUAACAACUCCUAAUGAUGUCUCAAGGUGGAGAGUGAAAAAGAUAUUGAAGUUUGAACAGAAGCUAGGGAAGAAGAAUCACACUUCUUGUCUUCUGUGCUUAUUCAAGUCGUACAAACCAGAAUGUGUACCUGAGAGAGUUCCAGCUGUUAAUCUACAAAUUGCAUUUAAGGCUGUUGGGAAAAUGAAUCAGUUUUUUCAACAAGCGAAGUCAAGAUUGGAUGCAGGGAGUGGCGAAGAGGGACAUGCUAAAAUGGUAGCAUGGAAUAUUGACCUGGGAAUGAAGAGGACAAGGACAAAAACAAAAGUGGAUGCUAUCCCGCCUCUUGACUAUGUUCAUUUUGGAACUCAACUAUAUAGAGAGAAGAAAAAGUAUUCCAUUUUGGAAUUUAAAACCCUGAAAUCAUUGAGUUUACAUCAGUUAAGCCUGGAUGUCCCAUGCAACUGAAUGAGCUUUCUACAGAAUAUUGCAGACAUUCAUGUCCUUGCCUUUGCAGACAGAAGUUUACAAAGUAGACUCUCCUUUAAUCUAUACUACACACUGUACAGAGCAUUCAUUGAACUGGAUCAAGAUUUUUCAUACAAUGAGAAGGAGAAACUCUUGAAGCAAAUUGUGAUGUUAGAAGAAUAUAUGCAGCAGGGUAUUCCAGUAGUUUCUCGAUUUUUGGCUGAGUAUCUGACCAGGUGGGAUGGUGAGGAUUUUCAAGAGAUGAUAUUCCAUUUGCUGCAGUGGGUCACUUUCAGCUCAUAUUUAGAGCUUCAUGACUUGAUCCUUGAUAACGUCCGUAAUUUAUUUAUGAGUUCCAGCAUUGAAGUGAAAUGUUCAAUUGUUGCCAUGCUUAAUAAAUUUGUUCAGAAUCUGGUUUCAGUCUUCUUGUUCCGGAAACAUAGGGAAAUCUCUGGCUUGUUCUUGGAAAUCGGAGAUGAAUGGAAUGAAAUUGAGACAGUGGAGAAUAUAAUAAAGUUUAUAAUUGACCUGUGUGUAUGUGGACUGAUUGUGGAACAAGGAGAUUACAUGCUUCUACAUGAAGCUUUAAGGUUCUUCGAAAUGGUCACACACUUAGAAGAGGAAAAUAAACUUCCUGUAUGGACCAUGAUGCCCCCAGCUGUUGUGUACAACUGUCUGUUCUCAAGAAAUGUUUGCUUUCUGGCAAGAGUAUGUGAUUUGCUACUGAAGUAUGAUAUGAUCCAAUAUCCAAGACUUAGGGCACUGGGUCUUAGAACAAAGUUCAUGAAGGAAGUCAGUCUGCAGCAAUCAUACAUAGCAGAUUUCUUGAGCUGCCUGUGGAACCAGAAUUGUUUUGAUGAAAAGGAAAAAGGCUACAUAUUCAGAGGCAUGACCGAAUCUCAUAUCCAGUCAUUUUUCUUCUACACUGUACCAAAUGAAGCAUUAGCCUUGAAAAACCACUUUGCCUUCCUUCCAUAUAUAUAUCUAAUGCAAAAGGAUUGUCACGCUCUUCAGGGUGCAGCAUUUGAUCAAGAUGAUAUGAUGAUAAUCUGCAACAGUUAUUUCCCAGAGAUUUAUAAUUUUAUCAGCCAUGAAUCUGAUUGAAGAAUGUGUCUUGGCUGUUAGAUGGACACAGUCUAUUCGUAUAUUAAUUUUACAUGAUAGGAAUGUUACAAAUAAAUUACACAAGAUGGAUAUUCAA